CGCCGUGAGAAGAGUAGAAGGCACACCUGUUGGCCAUCGGCAGGUGAGCCGACCCCUUUGGAUUUAGACCACUUGACGCUUUUACGAGGAUUUUCAUCGACUGACGUCUGCAAACAAAAAACAUUCCACGUCGCAAACAUCUUUCCUGAAAAAUGGAACUUGCUUAUCUAAAAUCCUCAGCCGCACUCAUUUAUGAUGGGUUCCUACAAAAUGCAGACAGGCGGACAGCGAGCUGGUUCCUUAUGUCCUCUCCUCUGCCCCAAACCAUCGUCAUCGCAAUGUACAUUUACUUCGUCCACUCGCUGGGGCCUCGGCUCAUGGAGAACCGCAAAGCCUUGGACCUCAGAGGAGUCCUCAUUGUCUACAAUUUUGGCGUCGUGGCUCUCUCGCUCUACAUGUGCUACGAGUUUGUGAUGUCAGGAUGGGGAACCGGGUACACUUUCCACUGCGACCCAGUAGACUACUCUGAUUCUCCUCAGGGCUUGAGGAUGGCAGCAACUUGCUGGCUUUACUACUUCUCGAAGUUCAUAGAGAUGUUGGAUACGAUCUUCUUUGUGCUGAGGAAGAGGAAUAGUCAGGUGACAUUUCUUCACGUCUAUCAUCACUCGGUCAUGCCCUUCACCUGGUGGUUUGGUGUUCGUUUCUCUGCUGGUGGCAUGGGGACAUUUCACGCCCUGCUUAACUGUGUUGUCCAUGUGAUCAUGUACACUUACUACGGCUUGACUGCGUUGGGCCCCAAAUAUCAGAAGUACCUUUGGUGGAAGAAGCACCUGACUACUAUUCAGCUGAUCCAGUUUGUCAUAGUGACCAGCCACAUCUCUCAGUAUUUCUUCAUGAAGGACUGCAACUACCAGUUCCCCAUCUUUGUUUACAUCAUUGCUGCGUACGGCCUGAUUUUCCUGUUUCUCUUUCUCAACUUCUGGUACCACGCCUACACCAAGGGGAAGAGGCUGCCCAAAGUACUGCAGAAUCAGAAAUGGGAACACCACAGUAACGGGCUUAUGAAUGGAAACGCCAGUCAUGACAAAGAAGAGUGACUCGGGUUGCCCACAUUUAUGUAAGCAAAAUAUCAGAUUCAACUUCAGUUUGGACUGUAAUUUUUUUGUUUUUGUUUUGAUUUUGUUUUCUACCUGAAAUUGCAAAAGACAAUCCUUUGGACCAAAGCUAUAUUGAUGCAGUUAUCGACUCGAGCAAAAGGGUUUUAUCUUGUUUACAAUAGAGGUAAGCUCAGGUUCUGCUAUAGAAGUACCCAAAUAUCUCACUUUACUACUACAGUAUGGUUUUAAAAUAUUUCAAAACUCCACUAUUCACACGGCCUAUAGGGCUUCACCUAUUGUGAGACUGUGGGACCCUCAGCUGCACAGUAAAAGUGUCUAAUGCGAAGAUCAGUUAACUACUUUUUUCCUCUAGCAAAUGUAGCCAGCUGUUUUUAAAGUUAUGCACUGAAAAGCCAUCACCUGUCAAACCUUUUUAAGUGUCCAGGCCAUGCUUUUUUUUUUUCUGUAACAUUCACACCCACUUCUCUAUGGUUGAGUCACAACUGCUGCUGACGGUACAGAUUUUCAUUGAAAAAGUUCUUUAUACAGCAGAAUUAACAUCUAUGAUGCUUUGAUGUGACAGAGAUGCCAGAGAGGGCUGACCCACUGUCGGGUUCUUGUAGGAUCCAAAGCGGCGUUUGCUAGUUUUUACUAUAUACUAUAUAACACUUGCAGGAAUACGCACCAUUACACAGAUUCAUGAUCAAGCCAGAGACCAAACCGUGGCAUUUCCUUUGUAUUUUGCCUUUGUUGAACACCUUUGGCUAAUGAGGUCUUUAGGUGGCUGGUGUAGAGAAGAACCUUUUGGACUAAACGUCUGUAGUUUUGUGUGAGUUAUGAUCGUAAAGUGACUGUACAGCACCGCAUUGAGUUUGAUGUGAAAAGAGUUCCACAUUUUUGUAUUUGUUUUUUUUUGUUGUGCAAAUCCACAUUGACACUAAAAUGUAAACGUAUACAAAUUGGUGGGAGGUGAACCUUUUUAUAGUUCCUUUUCAGAGCCUUUGUUAUACAUAGUUAGGAUACUGUAAUACAUGAUGUGAAUUGAGAUGUUUAUAUAUUUUAUAUGUAUUUAUAUGAAAUUAAAUGAUCAAUGUACUUAAGUA